CAUUGGUAUUUUGGGUGCUUUCUAAAAUUUUCUCUUUUGUCUAUAUUUUUUCUUCCAUUAAAAUCUCUCCGUUUUGAUCGCUAUGGUUUCUCUUCUGUACUCCCAUUUCUUCUUUACAUAUAUACAUCGUGUUUCUUUUUCAAUUUUUCAAUUCCCUCUUCAAUAAUGAAUCCAAUAGAAAUCAACCCUGAGCAAGACAAAGUCUGCGAUGCUGAUCAGAAGAUUAUUCCCAACGGCGGAGUGAGGGCCGGUCAAGAUGGAGAUGUCGAGGUGGGAAAAAGUAGUGAAAACAAAGAAGAUUCGGAUUCCACUGAAGUUAAUAAAACCCCAGAUUCCGACGUUGCUAACGAGGCUGAUCAUCAAAUCAAUUGCAAUGGCCAUAAUAAAUACAUUCCGACCAGCAAGGCUCAAGUUCAUCUCCCGAAACCGGAGCCACCGAAGCCAAAAAUGGAGCGUUCGCAGUCGUUGUCCAUCGCCGAAAGCAUGCCUUCGAUAGGGAAAUACAUAAGAGAUCGGAGCAGCAGCUUUUCAGCGGCGAUCAGGAACCGUUUAUCGUCGGUAAAAGAAGGCAGUGGCGAUUUCGUGUUGAAGAACGACUCGUUAAACUUCGAGGUAACGGAGUUCAAAAUCCCCGGCGUGAAAGUCAUAGUAAAGCUGAAAAGCGAAGAGGAAAGGCUGGAAGAUCAAAUAAGGGGUCGAGUAACGUUGUUCACGAAGUCCAACUGCGAACACUCGAUCGCUGCUCGCCAAUUCUUUAAAGAAAAAGGGCUUAGAUACGUGGAAAUAAACAUCGAUGUGUUCACCAAAAGUGGGAAUGAAUUGAUGGAAAGAACGGGGAGUUGCGAAGUGCCUCAGAUAUUCUUUAACGAUAGCUUGAUAGGCGGAUUGGCGACGCUGAAAUCGUUGAGUGAGAGUGGGGAAUUGCAUGAGAAAAUGAAUGAGUUGUUGGGUCCGAAAUGUCCCGAAGAAGCACCCAAAGCACCGGUUUAUGGAAUUAACGAUGAGGAAGACAAAGAAGAUGGAUUGGUGGGGGUAGUGAGGUUUCUGAGACAGAGCUUGCCCAUUCAGGACCGUCUGAUUAAGAUGAAAAUGGUCAAGAGUUGCUUUGCUGGUCCUGAUAUGGUGGAAGCCAUUAUUAACCACCUUGACUGCGGCAGAAGAAAGGGCAUUGCAACAGCGAAGAUGAUGGCCCAGAAGCACUUCAUCCACCACGUCUUUGGGGAAAAUGAUUUUGAGAAUGGGAACCAUUAUUAUCGUUUCCUAGAACAUGAACCAUUUAUAAUGGGAUGCUUCAACUUCAGAAGCUCAACCAACGAUAAUGAACCAAAACCUGCAUCUUUUAUGGCGGAUAGGCUUUCCAAGUUAAUGUUUUCCAUUGUGGAAAUGGAUGGCUAUGUUUCUGACGACAGACUCCAUGUCGAUUAUUUCCGCAUCAGCAAAAGUGAAGAAUUCCGCAGGUAUAUAAAUUUGACUCGGGAUCUGCAAAGGAUAAAUCUUCAAUUAUUCACACCAAAUGAGAGGCUAGCCUUCUUCUUGAACCUAUACAAUGCGAUGGUGAUCCAUGCUGUGAUCAGCAUCGGCCAUCCCGAAGGCAUACUUGACAAUAAAGCCUUUUUCUUGGAUUUCCAGUACGUCAUUGGAGGCUACCCUCAUUCCCUCAGCAUCAUUGAGAAUGGCAUCCUCAGAAACAACCGAAAAUCCCCUUAUUCUUUGACCAAACCCUUUAGUAAAGGGGACCGCCGUUUACAUCUGGUUCCUAUGAAAGUGAAUCCAUUGAUUCAUUUCGGAUUAUGCAAAGGAGCAAGAUCAAGCCCCAAGCUUAGGUUUUUCACUGCCCACAAUGUGGAAGAUGAGCUCAUAUCUGCAGCCAAGGACUACUUUCAGAGUGACGGGAUAAAAAUUGAUAGGGAACUUAGAACUGUUUAUUUAACUCGGAUCAUCAAGUGGUUUAGCCAAGAUUUUGGAGGACAAGAGAAGGAAAUCUUGGAGUGGGUCCUGAAUUACUUGGAAGGAAGGAACGCCAAGCUUUUGAAGACUAUGUUGGGUGAUGGAGACCCUAUUACCAUUGUGUAUCAGGAUUAUGAUUGGUCUGGUAAUUUGUGACUCACUGCCCCUGCUUUUUAAUACCAGCAAUCCUUUCAUGCUAUUUUUUCUGAUGGCAGAAGAUUUGGGAUGAAAUCAUUUAACCAAAAUAGGUUUAUAUUGAUUAGGAAAAGAUACAGGAAGAAGCUGCAUUAGCAUAGAGGUUUCUAUUUACUUAUUUAUUUAUUCACAUUACAAAAUAUUGUUUUUAUUUUUCUUUAAAAAAUUAUUUGUAAUGGGAAAAAAAAAGAGAGAUGGUUGUUGUCAUGUAUAUGCUAUAUUUUUUUAUUGGUUAAUGUAAUUAUUAUUUAAUAGAUGACCUUUAAAUUUUGAAGUUCAACAUUUGUAAAGUUCAUGCUAUUCAAGUCUCAGCAUUUAUAUCUGGAGGCAAUUCCUUUAUAAUUUCAAAUAUUACAAAAAAAUGAAAAUCAUCCUAACUCAGUGAGUUGAAAUUGAUCAAGCAUUUCAAAUUGGUCAAAUACUGAAACAAAAGAAGAUGGCAGAAUACAAGCAAUUGCAUAAUUCAAAAGCACCAAAUAAGGAUUCACUCCUAGGUGUUUUGCAAGUUACAAAUUAUACACAUGAAUAAGCUUCAAUGCAAAAUUCAUCUAAACCAGUUAGAGAUCUGUUUUUCCUUCCUGGAGCAAGGAGAUUGAUAAGUGGUCUGCAAUUAUUAUCCGGUGCUUGAAUUUGAUAUCUGGAGGGUAAGCAUUUUCAGGUUCCAAAAAAUGGGGGGAUCUCCACAAAUCUUCCAUGGUGGCACCCAAUGUUGUGAUGAGUAUUUGUGUUUACACAAGAGACAGCAUCCUAAAAGCUCCUGAUGGCAUUUACACUCGAUUUCUAUUUCUUUCUUUUGGUAAUUACACAAACCAGAUAUAUCCAAUCUCGAUCUCAACAAUCCCAUAUCAGCACCUCGGUUCCUGCUUGAGAUGGAUCCCAC